CUUGCGGUUUUUGUUGGGACGACACGCUGGACUCCCGCUUUAUUGGAUGCUGGCGUCUGGCUCAUGAGAACCUGAACUCUUUUCUCGAUGGUGUAGUAGCUGUAGACUGACUGUACGUCCCUUCCACCGAUCCAGUACUACGGUAGUAGUGCUCCGACUACUGUACACCUGGCUGGCUGACCGGACGUAAACUGACCAUCCGUUCAGACACACCCACAAUGCGGCUCGAUACACGAUCCGGGCCCAUCGCGGCCAUCUUACUUACAAUCCCUUCGCUGUCCUCGGCCUUCUAUCUUCCCGGCGUCGCCCCGACUUCCUACGAUGAAGGGCAGUCGGUCCCGCUUUACGUCAACCACCUCAAUCCCAGCCUAGCUCAGCAGGACGAACAGCUCCACUCGGUCUUUGCCUACGAUUAUUAUCAUCCGGCUUUCCAUUUCUGCCAACCGGAGGGUGGCCCGGAGGAUGUGCGGGAAUCGUUAGGGAGCAUCCUGUUUGGCGACCGCAUUCAGACCUCCCCCCUCGAAUUGCACAUGCGCAAAAAUGAGACCUGCAAGGCCAUGUGCAAUCAGGUGGAUUUUGAUGCUCGGUCUGCCAGAUUUACAAAUCGGCGGAUUGCGCAGGGGUACAAUAUCAACUGGCUGGUCGAUGGGCUUCCGGGAGCGCAGAUCAAUUUAGAAUCCGUGACGGACACCCAGUUUUACAGCCCGGGAUUCGCGCUGGGCGCGAUCGCCGAAAAUGGGGACAUGGUUUUGAACAACCACUUUGAUAUCUUUGUCGAAUAUCAUCGCGUGGGCUUUGGAAACAAGGACAAGUUCCGGGUUGUUGGAGUCCUCGUCCAACCGGACUCUCGCAGCAACUCCAAGGUGCUACCGGAUGGCAGCGUGGAAUGCGGCACCCCUGAGACGGGUAUCGUGUUGGAUGAGGAUGGAAAAUCGUCGGUUACUUGGACGUACGGUAUUUACUGGCGCGAAUCGCCCACACCCUGGGCCACUCGCUGGGAUAAGUACCUCCAUGUCUAUGAUCCGAAGAUCCAUUGGUUUUCGCUCAUCAAUUCCGCCGUUUUCGUUGUCUUUCUGGUCGGCAUGGUCAGCAUGAUCCUUGCCAGAGCUCUCAGAAAGGAUAUCGCUCGCUACAACCGUCUGGACAUGAUCAACUUGGAUGACCUGGAUGGAACGUCCGCUGCUGUUGAGGAUGGAAUCCAGGAGGACUCGGGCUGGAAACUAGUGCACGGCGAUGUCUUCCGCUGCCCGCAGUCGCCUUUGCUUCUGAGUGUCCUCGUUGGUAAUGGCGCUCAGCUCUUCAUGAUGACGGGCGUGACAGUUGUGUUUGCCCUGCUGGGGCUGCUCUCUCCCGCGAACCGCGGCUUCCUGGCCACUGCGAUUCUGUUGAUCUACACCGUGUUUGGCUUCAUCGGAGGAUAUGUAUCCGCUCGCGUCUACAAGUCGCUGGGUGGGGAGUCGUGGAAGCGCAAUAUUGUUAUGACCCCCGUGCUCGUCCCGGGGUUCAUCUUCGGUACUUUCUUCCUGCUGAAUUUGUUCGUCUGGGCCAAGGGGUCCAGCGGGGCGGUGCCGUUCACGACCAUGCUGGCUCUUGUUGCCAUCUGGUUCGUCAUCAGCGUGCCUCUGAGCAUUGCGGGUAGCUGGCUUGGUUUUAAGCAACGCCCUAUUGAGGGUCCCACCAAGACCAACCAGAUUCCUCGCCAGAUUCCUCCCAUGACAGGAAGCCUGCGCACCAUUCCCUCCUUGCUCCUGACGGGCAUCCUUCCCUUCGGCGCCAUCUUCGUCGAGCUGUACUUUAUCAUGACCUCCCUUUGGACUAACAAGAUCUACUACAUGUUUGGAUUCCUGUUCCUCUGCUACGGCUUGAUGAUCAUCACGUCCGCGGCCACCACGGUGUUGCUGGUGUAUUUCCUGCUCUGUGCCGAGAACUACCGUUGGCACUGGAGGGCGUUUGCCGGUGCCGGAAUGACCGGUGGCUACGUGUUCCUCAACGCCCUUCUCUUCUGGGCCACCCGCGUUAGCUUUGGCGGAAUCACCGGUGCGGUGUUGUAUGUGGGCUACUCGGCCCUGAUUGGGUUCGUGGUGUUUAUCUUGACUGGCUCUAUUGGUUUCUUUGCCAGCUGGGCCUUUGUGCAGCGCAUCUACGGCUCGAUCAAGGUGGAUUAAUCUAAUUCCAUGUUGAGGAGCAUUGAUCGAUUUAUCCUUGGUUGCCCUUUUUUCUGCGCAACCGGCCGGACGAUGAUACUCUCAUCACACGUGUCACGCAUCAUGUAU